AUAAGUAACGGGGAAAGGUCGUCAUUAGAGCAAAUGAACUCAAGUCUGCAAAGGUGUGGGGGGGAGGGGCUGGCUGGGUGUGGAACUAAACUGCAUGGGAAGCUAACCUUUGUCAAGUGCACAGAAAUUCUUUGCCUUUGCAACCUGGUUGAAAGAAAAGAACUGCAAUGGCCGAGCCAGAGAACAUACAAGAAUUAAUGGAGCAAUCCGAUCGGUGCUCAAAGGAAAAGAAAUGGAAGGAAGGAGCUGAACUUCUCUCGUCUUAUCACGAUACAGACAACCCACAGUUAUUGUGGAGGAUUGUCAGGGAUCUAUAUCGGACUAGCAAGUACUUCUCGAAGGACGCUGGAGAAGCUGAAGAGCUAGCAAGAAAUGGAUUAGAACUGGCAAAGAAAGCUCUUUCUCUUGACAGCACCAGCUACUUAUGCUAUAAGUGGGCUGGUAUAAUCCUGAGUCACCAUAGUGGACUAGUGGGGCAGAAGGAGAAGAUUGCAAGUGCUGUACAAGUCAGAGAGUACUUCGAGAAAGCCAUUGAACUCAAUCCAAACGAUAUGCCAUCGAAACACCUCCUGGGACGAUGGCACUACAACGUGGCCUCAGUCCCGUGGUACGUGAGGAGUGCAGCCAAGCUGAUAUACAGUAGCCCUCCCACAUCCACCUAUGAGGAGGCGCUGAAGCAUUUUGAGGCUGCAGAGAAGCUGAACAAGCAGGAAUUUGUUGACAACUGGCUAUAUUUGGCCAAGACGUACUACCAACUGAGUGACAAGGUUCAAGCAAAGAAAUGGGCCUCCACUGUUUGUGAAUUCAAAGGAGCUUCCUCACCUGCUAUUGUGGAGGCUAAGACUGAGUGUGAACAUUUGCUAGGAAAACUCUAGUAUCUACGUACAUGUAGUUAAUACACUUUGUUGCAACAUCUCAAUUGUGUGUAAUUGUGCCAAGACAUUGAUUUAUUAUGCUACUGGCUAGAAAGAUAAUGUUUUCACAGUUUG